AAAUUGGAGCCAAGCAUUAGGGACUGGAUAUAGGGACAAGGCCAGACUGAAGGAUAGUUCAGGCUCCUGGAACAAGCCUUUGCCUUCCUUGUAUCCCAAAGCCUCUCAGCCUUUGGAGAAAAUGAAGAAACAGGACUGGAAUUCAUUCAGCAACACAGAGGGCUUGGUGACCUUCAAAAUGGUCCUAAACAGCCUUUGCUUUAUGCUUCUCCUUCUCACUGUGUUCUUGCCCUAUUGGCUGAAGAUUCAAGUGUCUCAUACCAAUCUCUACAUGGGCUUAUGGAAGGCUUGUGGGGACAAAAUGUGUGAGGACAUUCUGAAUUCAGUCUUAAUUAAGGUAGUUCAAGUGCUGAUGGGCAUAGCCAUUGUAACAGGCUUCCUGGCUUUCAUGGACAUCUUCCUGAUACUGAUCAAUGUAGUGAAUGAUACGACAUUCUAUUACCUUUCCUCUGCCCUGUGCAGCUUUGUCACUGCCUUACUGGGCCUUGUUGCCCAGAUCAUCUUCAUGAUCAGCAUACAAGUGAUUUCUAUCCAUAGCACCAAUCACCUUAUCUUCGAAUGGGGCUUCUACCUAGGCUGGGGCACUUCCACAUUGUACCUCCUGAGUGGCUCUCUGAUACUGGUGAGGAGGUACAUGAAAACAGUGAAGUCAAGAACCAGCCCUAUGACCAAGUCAAUCCAAGAACCCAAGUCAACCUCCAGCUGAAGUCAGCUCCUGCCCUUCUUUCCUGGACCGGACCUUCUGCAGCUCUUCUCUCUCUCUCUCUCUCUCUCUCUCUCUCUCUCUUUCUCUGUGUGUGUGUGUGUGUGUGUUUAAAGCCUCUCAGGUACUGGCUCUGACUUUGCCUCUGGGGAACCCUUCCUCCAUUUUAACAUCUUUUGCCUCCAGGACCCCUUCCUCUUUGUUCCCAUUCUUCCCAUGAAUCCCCUGGGCUCUACUCUCUGUGUAUGGUGGGGGAGGGAGGAGGGAGAAGUGACCUGAAGUAGUUUCCAAGCCACCCUGGUUUUCCAGCUAAGAAAUCAUUUGUAUAAACAAAAACAGUGAAUAACCAAGUAAACAGACAAACAAACAGUCUGAGCAGUGGCAUCUUUGGGAAAUAAAUGGAACCUUUGGCUGGCAUCCUAGACAUUUCAGGUCCCAAAGCCCAUAUAAUCUUGGGGAUCCUGGCCUCCCAAGCCUCCUGGGGCCUAGGUGUCUAUGUUCCAGUACCUUUGGCCCCAGGAGUUCUAGUUCCCAGUUCCCCACUGUGUAUCUGUCCCACAUUGCCUUAGGCUUCCCAGUGCCAACCUCUUUUGGGGGGACCCAAGUGUCUGCCUCCAACCUCUAUUCACUUCAGGGAUCUAGGUAUCUAGUCACACCACUCCCUCCCCAGGACAGAACCAAAAAGGGCUUAGUGAGUCAGCUUUACCAAGCCUGUGCUGUUACUAGCCACAUCCUCUCCUACCCACGUCCUGGUGAAUGCCACUGUUUUUUUUCUUUUUUUUAAACCUUCUCAUACCACCUCCAGGAUACCUCUUCUCUUUCAGGGAAUAGGAGGAAGAGGCCUCUCCCCUUAACACCCUAUACACUCCUCA